GUUCAGCUGACGCGGCACUUCACGUGACUCGGGUGCUGAGUAAACAUGGCGUCCUCCGCGCGCCCUUCCUUCUCCCUGGGGAAUGAGACCCUGAAGGUGCCACUGGCACUCUUUGCCCUGAACAGGCAGCGCCUGUGCCAGCGUCUGCGGAAAAACAUGGCUGUGCAAGCCGGCUCGGCUGUGCUGCUGCAGGGUGGUGAGGAGAUGCAGCGCUACUGUACAGAUACCUCCAUCAUCUUCCGUCAGGAGUCCUUCUUUCACUGGGCAUUUGGCGUCAUCGAGUCAGGCUGCUACGGUGUCAUUGAUGUGGACAGUGGGAAGUCAACUCUGUUUAUUCCCAGGCUCCCUGACAGCUAUGCCACCUGGAUGGGAAAGAUCCAUUCUAAGGAAUACUUCAAGGAGAAAUACGCCGUGGAUGACAUCCAGUACGUGGAUGAGAUUGCCAGUGUCCUGACAUCACAGAACCCCUCUGUCCUCCUCACCUUGCGUGGUGUCAACACAGACAGCGGCAGUGUCUGCCGAGAGGCAUCCUUUGAGGGCAUCAGCAGGUUCAAUGUCAACAACACCAUUCUUCACCCAGAGAUUGUUGAGUGCCGAGUGUUCAAGACAGACAUGGAACUGGAGGUUUUGCGCUACACCAAUCGGAUCUCCAGUGAGGCCCACCGAGAGGUAAUGAAAGCGGUGAAAGUGGGAAUGAAAGAAUAUGAGAUGGAAAGCCUGUUCCAACAUUACUGCUACUCUCGGGGUGGCAUGCGUCACACCUCCUACACCUGCAUCUGCUGUAGUGGUGAGAAUGCCGCUGUGCUGCACUACGGACACGCUGGAGCCCCCAAUGACCGUACAAUUCAGGACGGAGACAUGUGCUUGUUUGACAUGGGUGGAGAGUAUUACUGCUUCGCUUCGGACAUCACCUGUUCCUUUCCUGCCAACGGCAAGUUCACUGAGGACCAAAAGGCCAUCUACAAUGCGGUGCUGCGGAGCUGCCGGGCUGUCAUGAGCACCAUGAAGCCAGGUGUCUGGUGGCCUGACAUGCACCGCCUCGCCGACCGCAUCCACUUGGAGGAGCUGACCCGCAUCGGCAUCCUGAGCGGCAGCGUGGACGCCAUGGUCCAGGUCCACCUGGGAGCCGUGUUCAUGCCCCACGGGCUCGGCCACUUCCUGGGCCUUGAUGUGCACGAUGUGGGAGGCUACCCUGAGGGUGUGGAGCGCAUCGAUGAGCCAGGCCUGCGGAGCCUGCGCACUGCACGGCACCUGCAGCCAGGCAUGGUGCUCACCGUGGAGCCGGGCAUCUAUUUCAUCGACCACCUUCUGGACCAGGCCCUGGCAGACCCAGCCCAAGCCUGCUUCUUCAACCAGGAGGUCCUGCAGCGCUUUCGCCGUUUUGGAGGGGUCCGCAUUGAGGAGGACGUUGCUGUGACUGACACUGGCGUGGAGCUGCUCACCUGCGUGCCCCGCACCGUGGAGGAAAUCGAAGCAUGCAUGGCGGGCGCUGACAAAGCCUUGACGCCCUUCAGCUCCAAGUAGAGGCAGCCUAGGGGCCCAGGGAGUCUGAAGCCAAGCCUGGCCUUGUGGCCUCCCAGCCUCCCUCCCUCCAGGCAGCAUUCGGGGUUAGCCCUGCACAGGGGGAGACGUGGUACUCAGAAGUCACAUCUUGGCAUUGUCACGUGAUCCUGCCAAAUCCUGCCACUUGUUCUGCAAAAACCUACCCUUCAUCUCUGUGUGCUCUGUCUAAACGACAACAAUUUAAAUAACCAAUGGAAAUGAGUCCUGUUGUUUAGUAGCAAUUAAACUUCAGCUUGCUGCCACUUUUAUUUCUGUUCUCCGGGAAGAUACAUUUCCAGUGUUUUCUCUCAAAAAUCAAUGUGCAGAAAGGAAUUUGCAAUAAAGUUUUUCAAACAUAAAAACAGCCCUCCA